CUACUGGAUCCGAGCUCCGUACCUUUAAAUUCACUUAAUACUUAAGUAAUGACAUUUAAAAAAAACAUUACUGAACUAAUUACAUUUUUACAACGUUAAAACGUCUGUAAAUCAUGUAUUGCGGUGAUAAUUUAAGAUUUGAAUGAAGUUUUGAAAACCGCGCUACGUCACUUCCGGGUGAAGUCGGACCGUAGUAAAAAAAAAAAAAAAAGAUGAAUUCCAGCUAGCUUGCCACCGACAACUGGUGAACUCCACUGAAGUAAAACCAUCCAUGUCAACACUAAAGAAGGCUUUUGGAGGUCUUGUGCUGCUUCUGUGUCCAUAUCGGGGCACACCAUCCUGUGAAGCCUUUUUAGCUGGCUGAUUACCAGAAGACGGUGCAGUGGUGUGCAGGAGAUACCAAGACCAAAGCAUUUCUGAAUCCAGAUUUGUACCAGAAGAUGAACGGCCUGUCCAUUCGGGAGCUAUGCUGCCUGUUCUGCUGCCCCCCUUGUCCCGGUCGCAUCGCAGCCAAACUGGCUUUCCUCCCUCCAGAGCCCACCUAUGCUUUACUCCCUGACCCAGAAGCAAGUUCUGGAGCUACAACUGUGUCUGCUUCUAACUCUGGGGCUGCUCCUCCUUCACUGGGCGCACCAGGACUGCGUUCGCGGCUGGGUACUAAUAGUGGAGGUGACAGGGGUGGUGGAGGAGGCGGUGGUGGUGGUGGUGGCAGCAGUGGAGGCAGUGGGGCCAGUGGCGGUGGCAGCGGCGGCAGCAGUAGUAUUGUGGGUGAGGGGAGGUGGAAGCUGCAUCUCACAGAGAGAGCAGAGUUCCAGUAUUCUCAGAGAGAGCUGGAUGUGACGGAUGUGUUUCUGACCAGAUCUAGUCGAGGGAACAGGGUUGGAUGUAUGUACAUUCGCUGCGCUCCAAAUGCCAGGUUCACAGUGUUGUUUUCACAUGGCAAUGCAGUAGACCUGGGUCAGAUGAGCAGCUUCUAUAUCGGCUUAGGCACACGCAUCAACUGCAAUAUUUUCUCCUAUGACUACUCAGGCUACGGUGUCAGUACUGGGAAACCGUCAGAGAAGAACCUUUACUCUGAUAUUGAUGCCGCCUGGCACGCUCUGCGCUCCCGGUAUGGCAUCAGUCCUGAGAACAUCAUCCUGUAUGGUCAGAGCAUUGGCACGGUGCCCACAGUGGAUCUAGCAUCAAGGUUUGAGUGUGCUGCUGUGGUACUUCACUCUCCUCUCACCUCCGGCAUGAGAGUGGCCUUCCCCGACACAAAGAAAACAUACUUCUUUGAUGCCUUCCCAAACAUCGAGAAGGUGUCAAAGAUCCCGUCUCCAGUGCUCAUCAUUCACGGUACGGAGGAUGAGGUGAUCGACUUCUCUCAUGGCCUCGCCUUGUUUGAGCGCUGUCCCAAGGCUGUGGAGCCCCUCUGGGUGGAGGGGGCGGGUCACAACGACAUCGAGCUUUACAGUCAGUACUUGGAAAGGCUACGGCGCUUCAUCAACCAGGACCUGGCUGCACAGCAUGCCUGAGAAACAAGCAGGCUCUCUGUGUUUGUAUCUCUGACACUGUGCGUGUGCGUGUGCUUGCAUGUGGAUGAAAG